UGGCGUAUCUUAAUUUAAGGGUUGCCCUCUUACCAGGUAAACCUCCUUCUCUCUCUCUCUCUCUCUCUCUCUCUCUCUCUCGUCCCCACCACCACCCCUCCCUUACAUUCUCUUAAUCAAAUCAAAUAAACUAUCACCGCAAAGAAAAUCAAGAAUUAUAUCAUAUGGGCUUGGGCUAGCUACCUACACUCACAAUCCCUCUCUCUCUCUCUCUCUCUCUCAAAGAUGAACUUUUUCUUCUUCCAUCUUCUUCUUCUCCUACUUGUUCCUCUGCCUCACUCUGUAAAAUCCUGCAACCCAAUCGAGCGUCAUUCUCUCCUCUCAUUCCUGGCCGCCGUGGACUCCCCUCCCCACCUCAACUGGACUUCACCGGACUGCUGCCGAUGGGACGGCGUCUCCUGCACCCCCCACUCCCGUGUCGCCGCCCUCUCCCUCCCCGCCCUCUCCCUCUCCGGCACCCUCCCCCCAUCCCUCCUCACAAACCUCACAUUCCUCUCCCACCUCAACCUCUCCAACAACCACCUCUCUGGCCACCUCCCCCUCUCCCUCCGCCGCCUCCAAACCCUCGAUCUCUCCUCCAAUCACUUCAACGACGACCCCUCCAUCUCCACCACCACCGCCCCCAACUUAAUCCUCUUCAAUGUCAGCAACAACACCUUCACCGGACCCUUCCCCUCCUCCCUCUGCCGAUCCUUUCCCCGCCUCGAGAUCCUCGAUUUCUCCAUGAAUGGAUUCUCUGGCCCCAUCCCCGCCGGACUUGCCGACUGCUCCAAGCUCCGGAUUCUCCGGGCAGGUCUCAACUCUCUCUCCGGAACCCUACCCGACGAUCUCUACACCCUGACAACAUUGGAAGAAAUCUCCCUCCCCAACAACCGCCUCUCCGGCGCCAUCAACGGCAGCAUCACCCGGCUUUCCAGGCUCGCAGUUCUACAGCUCCAUGUGAACGACCUGACCGGCGCCAUCCCGCCGGAAAUCGGCCUGCUUUCCAAUUUACAGCAGCUGCAGCUCCACACCAACAGCCUCAACGGAACGCUGCCGCAUUCGUUGACGAACUGCUCCAAAUUGAAAACCUUACUUCUCAGGAACAAUCACUUUGGGGGAGAAAUCUCGUCCCUUGAUUUCUCCAAGCUCCGCCUGCUGGAAGCCAUUGAUCUCGGCAACAACAGCUUCGUCGGAGCCAUCCCGGCGAGCCUCUGCCUCUGCCGACACGUCACGGCAGUCCGGCUGGCGUACAAUCAGCUGGUCGGGGAAGUUCCGCCAUGUAUGGCUUCAUUAAAGCCUCUGGCCCACCUCUCUCUUUCCGACAAUUACCUCACCAAUGUUGUCGGGGCUUUGAAGACUCUCCUACACUGCGACAACCUCGCCGUCCUGUUCCUUUCCAGGUGCUUCCAUGAUGAACCCAUCCCCGACGACGGCGACCUCUACGAUCUGAAUGGGUUCCAAAAUCUUCAAAUUCUAACCCUAGGAGGAUGCCAAUUGAAAGGGGAAAUCCCUUCCUGGAUUUCAAAGCUGAGGAAGCUCAAAGUCCUGAACCUCUCCUACAACAAAAUCUCAGGCCCGAUUCCUUCGUGGAUCGGCGACAUGCCCAGCCUCUUCGUCCUCAACCUCACUCAAAACUACCUUUCCGGCGAACUCCCACAUGAAAUCGGCCGCCUGCCGUCUCUGAUAGCCGAUAACAGCAGCUCCGACCUGAGCUCCCUGGCAUUACCAUUCCUGUUCGACAGCCUGCAAUAUAACCGCCUCUUCAACCUCCCCCGAGGAUUGAAAGUCGGUUACAACAGCCUCAGCGGCAGCAUCCCGGCAGAAAUCGGCCGGCUGAAGCUUCUCCACAUCUUGGACCUCGGCUACAACAACUUCACCGGCGCCAUUCCCGAUCAGCUGUCCCAGUUAACAGACCUGGAGAGAUUGGACAUGUCCAAUAACCAUCUAGCCGGAGAGAUCCCGAGUUCGCUGACAGCACUCCAUUUCCUAUCCUCUUUCACCGUCGCCGGGAAUGAUCUCCGGGGAGAGAUUCCGAGAGGCGGCCAGUUCGACACAUUCCCCGCGGCCUCAUUCGAAGGGAACCCUGAACUCUGUGGAACUCAAAUAAGAAGAGCCUGCCAAGUGAAUAACAACAACAGCAGCAGCACACAAAAUACACAAGGAAGAAAGAUUAGCUCAUGGUUUCAGAAUGUCCCCUUUGGGUUAGGAUAUGUGGUAGGAAUUUUUGCAGUCACCAUAACCCUGCUGUUCAAGAUUCCAUGUUCAAGGGGGUGUGGUGAAACUAACAAUAUAGAGUCAAGGCCACUCUGGAAGUUUAGAGAAUGAAAAGAGACCCUGUCUGUAGAAUGUACACUAACUUUGUUGUUCCAAUACAUCGAAAGGUAAAGAAAAUUCAGAUCAAAAUCGUUUGCAUAUAUUGCUGACUGUCUGUAUAAUUAAAGGUCCCAAA